GAUCUCUCUACAUCUCUGGCGGUACACUACACAACGUUUUAUCUCGGAGUUCUCCUCGGCCGUCCCUUUCUGCCAUCGGUGAAUAGUGACCAUGGUGUGUGAGAAGUGCGAGAAGAAGCUGGCCAAGGUGAUCGUUCCGGACAAGUGGAAGGAGGGGGCCAGCAACACCACCGAGAGCGGCGGACGAAAGAUCAACGAGAACAAGCUCCUCUCCAGGAAGAACAGGUGGACACCGUAUGGAAAUACUAAGUGCAUAAUAUGCAAACAACAAGUGCACCAGGAUGCAAAAUAUUGUCAUACUUGUGCAUACUCUAAAGGUGUGUGUGCAAUGUGUGGGAAGCAAGUUCUGGAUACGAAGUUGUACAAGCAAAGUAAUGUAUGAUGCUAUAUCAUUCCUAGCAACACAAUGUUCAUGAUUUUCCAGGCUUUCUAAUAUGCAAACCAUUGUUGAAUUUGCUUCUGGCAAAGAUGACGUAGAAACUGUUGAAUGGGUGUCGAUCUUUACCUGUCCACCAAAACGGGCAUUGAGAUGAUUUGAGCACCAGAUAUUUCUUGUUAGCUUUGCGGGCACGAUUAGCUUCAGUGAGUUGGCUUGGCAUUUUAGGUUCUUGAAUCAUAACUAGUUGUUAUUACUGAUGGUGUUUACUGUCUCAUUUUGAGGAUUGUGUUAAUCUUUAUUGCAACACUUGCAAUCAUAUGGCUCAUGCCAUUGUAAGUCUCCAAA